UAUUCGUGCGAGCUGCCAUGUGAACGUCGUCGCGCGGCGCUCGUUGUACUACCGACCCGCAAAGACAGACGCAGCGCGAUUAUGGUGUAAAUCGUAUUAUCCCGAUCUCGGCUAGAGUUAGAGUUUACGCAUUAUAUAGCAGCGGAUCGAUCGCGUGUCUCUCGUCUCUUUUUUAUUUUAAUUUUUUUGUUCGUUAUUGAUUGUUGAUACAUAAUAUCGCGCUCUUUGUCGUCGUCGUCGUCGUCGUCGUCAUGUCAGUUAUUCAGCCGAACAACGUGUCGCCGAGGAAGCCGCGCAACGAGCUGCUGCUCAAGGCGCUCGUCAUCGGCGAUUACGGAGUUGGCAAGACCGCCAUCGUCAGGAGGUACACAGAAGGCAAGUUCUCGUCGAAUUACAAGAUAACCAUCGGGGCUGAUUUCGCCUUCAAGUCCAUCGACUGGGACCACCAGACCAAAGUGAAUCUCCAGCUAUGGGACAUAGCCGGCCACGAGCGAUUCGGAUACAUGACAAGAGUGUACUACAAACAAGCAGCCGCAGCCGCUCUGGUCUUCGACGUGAAUCGCGUGGACACGUUCAAGUCGCUGAAGAAGUGGCUGCUGGAUCUGCGGGAAAAGGUACAGCAGCCCGACGGGAGCAACAUACCCGUCAUACUGUUGGCGAACAAGAGCGACAUACAGCAGGCGGCGGUGACGACCGACCAGAUCGUCAAGUUCUGCAAGGAGAACGAGAUCGACCAGUACUUCCUCUGCUCGGCCAAGGAGAAUACAAAUAUCGAGGAGGCGUUGCACUUCAUGGUGGCGGAAGUGCUGAACUCGAAAUUCAAGCAGGAAGUACGGGAGUCGAUCACACUUCGCAACGGGCCAAUCAGAGGGACCAAACAGGCAUGCUGCCACCUCAUGUGAAUCGUGAACAGUGCAAGUGUGUGUGUAUGUGUGCGUGAGCGAAUGAUGCGUGGGUGAAUCAUGUAUGCAAGUGUACGUAUGCGUUUGUGCCAUGAAAGGGAAAUCACUCUAAACGAAGUAUUGUAACAAAAUUUCGAUUUCCUUUUUCUGUUGUUGUUGUUUUUAUUCUAUCUUACCUAUUUUUUUUUUAUUAUAAAUGUACAUAAAUAUGUUUUUGUUAUCGUUAUAAUUCGUAUUUUCUAUGUACAAGCAAUCGAUGCGUAAUCUUAAUUAUUAAAUAAUAUUAUUGCGUUCAGGUGUGUCUCGAUGGUGCGUACGACAUCUAAAUACGAUCACACGGUGACCAUAAUAUUGUGUAUCGAAAAAAUUAAUUUUUUCGUUUUAUAAAAAAUGAAGAAAAAAAAUUAAUCCUCGUAUCGAAUUAUUUUUUUUUACACACGCGACAUAUACGUUCUUACUAGUUACUGACUGAAUGGUUGCGCUCUUAUUUUCUGUUAGUCAACGAUACGUCAUUGAAUUAAAAUAAAAUUAAGUUUUAUACACUAAACUUUUACAGAACGGGCAUGACAUAUUUAAUAUGCGAAGUAUACAUUGUGUAUAAAGUAGUGUACAGCUCGAGGUGAUUUAUAAAAAGAGAGAGAAA